AUGACGGUGGUGCGGCAUGACCCAUCGGCUCAUAUGAGCGCGACAAUUCAACUCUUGAGAAACUUGCGUGAUUUAAUCAGCAAGAGAGAAACCAUCGUUCUUGACGGCAAAACUCUUGACAUUGCUUCUAUUGUCGCUGUUGCCCGCCAUGGAGUUGAGCCCACUAUCGGUACAGGGCUCGCCAAGCGCCUCGAGAUCUCCGUCGAUACUCUGGCCGACAUAAUUUCUCGGAAAUGUGUCAUCUAUGGCGUCAACACCGGCUUCGGUGGUAGUGCCGAUGCCAGAACCGACGAUCUGAUCGACUUGCAGACGCAUCUGCUCCAAUUUAUCCAAAGUGGAAUCAUCACUUCUGCAGACAAGGAUCCGAUUAGCAAUUCGGACCGGGAGUCGUCACAUAUCAUGCCUCUAUCCUGGGUUCGAGCCGCCAUUAUUGCUCGAGUCAACCAGAAUCUUAGGGGCCACAGCGCCAUCCGUCCCUGUGUACUCAAGAGCCUGAUUGAUCUGCUGCACAACGACACCACUCCCCUAAUCCCACUGAGAGGAACUAUUUCUGCAUCUGGAGAUCUAAUGCCCAUGGCGUAUAUCGCUGGGGCAAUCAUGGGAAACCCCGAUGUUUUCGUUCAGGUCGGCAAGGGUGCAGAAGCUAGAGUUAUGCCUUCCUCGGAGGCAUUGAAGAUGAGCGGGCUCUCCGCAUCAGGACUUGGUCCAAAAGAAGGGCUUGGGCUCAUCAACGGAACUGCUCCUUCUGUAGCAGUGGCAAGCUUGACACUUUAUGACACGCAGCAGCUUGCGUUGCUAUCUCAAAUAUUGACGGCUUUCACUUCUGAAUGCUUAUCCGGGAAUGUGGAGUGGGCUCUGCCCUUCAUUCACGAGACUCGCCCUCACACUGGGCAAAUUGAAGUGGCAAGCAAUAUCCGGCGCUUCUUGAAGGGUUCCAAAUUCGUUGUUGGCUUAGAUGGACAUGAAAAGGAGAAAUCUAAAGAUGGCCUCUGUCAAGAUCGGUAUUCAGUAAGAACAGCUCCCCAGUGGAUCGGACCUUACCUUGAGGACCUUCUCCAAGCGCAACGUCAGCUUGAAGUGGAGCUCAACUCGACGUCAGACAACCCUCUAGUAGAUACCAGCAGGCAGGACGAUGGUUCUAGUGGGAAAGUCUACUCUGGUGGAAACUUUCAAGCAACCGUCGUCACAUCAGCUAUGGAAAAGGCUCUUUUGGCUAUCCAGAUGAUAGGACGGAUGCUUUGGUCCCAGGUCACUGAGAUGAUCAAUCCGGCUACAAACAACGGACUCGAGGCAAACCUCAAUGCUUCGGCAGAAGUUAAUUUCACCAUGAAGGGAAUUGACAUCAACAUGUCAGCGUACAUGUCCGAGCUAGCAGCCCUAACACAUCCGGUGUCCGCUCAUGUCAUGUCAGCCGAAAUGCACAAUCAGGGCAUCAACUCACUAGCUCUAUUAUCAGCCCGGCGCACUAUGGAGGCUGUCGAUCUAUUGGCACACAUGAGUGCCUGUCACAUAUAUGUGUCAUGCCAAGCUAUCGAAAUCCGGGCAAACCACCUACGAUUCAUUUCCGAUAUCCACGGUAAGAUGGAGGCAUUCAUCGCAAGCGGAGCAUUUGAUAGACUUGGAUUGAAUGGUUCUCAGAGUGAGACAUUAUGCAUCUCAAUGAUCUCUACUAUCCAGUCAAGUUGGUCUCGCACAAACUCCAACACCUGGGAAGAACGCGUUUUGUCUGGAAUUGAGGCCGGCAUGUUGUCGGUCAACGAUUUUGUGGCCACUCAUAACCCCGACUGCUCAGUUUCAAUGGUGAUGACAUUUAAGAAGCAAUUCCAGAGCAUUAUGUCUAGCACAGCUAAGGCAAUAUUUAAUACCGACCCAGCUCUUCUCCCCGAGGAAGUGGUCCCCCAGCUUGGUAUUGGAACAGCACAGCUUUAUAUCUGGGUGCGCUCGAAGCUCAAUAUCCCUAUGAACCGUGGCCUCCAAGACGAUCCCCUCUAUACCGCCCAAAGAGGUCUACCUACGGUGGACAAAGCGAGCAUCGGAAGUUCAGUAAGUAUUAUAUAUGAGAACUUGCUAAAGGUUGGAAUGAUGGAUAUGAUCCUAGAGGGUUCAAUGCAAGAUAAGAAAUAG